AAAAUGCAUGAGAGAAUUCCAGCAAUGGUCUGGAAUAAACCAUAUCAGUGCUCACAAUGUGGAAAAUGCUUCAGUCAGAGUUCCAAUCUCAGUUCCCAUCAAAGAAUUCAUACAGGGGAAAAACCAUAUCAGUGCUUUGAAUGUAGAAAAUGCUUCAGUCAAAGACACCAUCUCACUUCCCAUCAAAGAGUUCACAGCGGGGAGAAACCAUAUCAAUGCUGGGAAUGUGGAAAGAGGUUCACUCGGAGCUCCAAUCUUACUUCCCAUCAAAGAAUUCACAGUGGGGAGGAACCAUAUCAGUGCUUGGAAUGUGGAAACAGCUUUAAUUCCAAGAGAGGUCUCAGUUCCCAUCAAAGAAUUCACAGUGAGAAGAAAUAUCAAUGUUUGGAAUGUGGAAAAAGCUUCAGCUGGAAAGAAAGUCUUACUUCACAUCAAAGAAUUCAUACAGGGGAGAAACCAUAUCAAUGCUUGGAAUGUGGAAAGAGUUUUAAUACAAGCACAAAUUUCCGUCGUCAUCAAAGAAUUCACAGUGGGGAGAAACCAUAUCAAUGUUUGGAAUGUAGAAAGAGCUUUAAUACAAGCACAAACUUCCACAGUCAUCGAAGUAUUCACCGUGGGGAGAAACCAUAUCAAUGUUCGGAAUGUGGAAAGAGCUUCAGUCAGAGCUCCAAUCUCACUUCCCAUCAAAGAACUCACAGCAGGGAGAAACCAUAUGGAUGGUUGUUUAAGAUGGAAUUCAAUUUUAGGGGACUUUAA